GUGGGGCUGAGGGGAGCGGAGCGGAGGGCGGGCCGGGCUGAGGGGAGCGGAGAGCGGGCUAGGCUGAGGGGAGGGCGCAGCGCGGGGCGGGCUGAGGGGAGCGGAGGGCGGAGCGCGGGGCGGGCUGAGGGGAGAGGAGCUGAGGGCGGGCCAGGCUGAGGGGAGCGGAGGGCGGAGUGCGGGGCGGGCUGAGGGCAGCGGAGCCAUGGCGGGGCCGCUGUGCCAAGGCUGGGGCCUGGGGGCGGCCCUGCGGAGCCGCGCCGCGCUCCGGCCGCUCGGGCUGCUGGCACCGCCGGCACGGGGGGUGCUGGGGCCGGCAGUGGGAUCGGGAACGGCAGCGGGAUCGGGAGAGGCGGCGCUGGAGGAGAACCCCUUCUACGGGAAGUACCGGCACAAGAUCCAGGAGCUGCGGAGGUCCAGUCCAGAUGUGUUUGAAUCCCGUAUGGAAAAAAGAAGUGAAGUGAAAAAGCAGCCCGUGGGACAUUCCAAACAAGGAGAGUUUAUCAGAUGCAUGGAGGAAAAGGCAGAAGGCUUGGGCAGCAAGACCUCAAAGGGAGGAUUCACAAAGGAUAAGACACUUGAUUCAAUUCUUAAUGUUGAGAUGGUGAAAGAAAAAUCAGCAGAGGAGAUAACGCAGAUUUGGAAUCAGUAUUUUUCUGCAAAAGACACAGUUUAUGCUGUUAUUCCUGCAGGCAAGUUUGAUUUGAUGUGGAAGAGAGCCCAGAAGUGUCCAUCGUUUCUGUAUGCUUUGCCAAGAAAAGAAGGCUAUGAAUUCUUUGUGGGGCAGUGGUCUGGAACAGAAUUACACUUCACUUCCCUGAUAAAUGUUCAGACCCAAGGUGAAACUGCUCCAAGCCAGUUGGUCUUGUACCAUUAUCCUGAUCUGCAGAAGGAGAAAGGGAUAGUACUAAUGACAGCAGAAAUGGACUCCAAGUUCUUGGUGGUCCAUGAUGCCCAGUGCUUGGCCAACCAGGUGCAGCUGUUCUACGCCACGGAUCGCUCCGAGACCUACGGAUUAGUGGAGACCUUCAACCACAGAUCCAGUGAAUUCAAAUACAUGUCAGUUAUAGCAGAGCUUGAGCAAAGUGGGCUUGGAAGAGAACUGAGACCUGGGCAGGCUUCUGACAAGUCAUAGAGCCUGGCCUGUGGUGAAAGGAGCCAGCAGAAGCAGGGGGUCCUAGGAGGAGUGAUCCAGUGUCUUCUGUAUUACCACUUGGAUUUGGCCACAGAAGGAGUCUGCAGACAUCCUGGGAGAAUGACAGUCAAGCCUGUGUGGCAUUGAUGCAAGAUGAAGACUUGGGCCAUUUGAACAACAGUAACUAAUUGCUAAAAAAUGGAGCCCAGUACUUCAGUGUAACUUCAUCAGAAAGAGCCAUUUUCCCCAUCUUGUAACUUCCUGCUGCCUGCUGGAUUGUGGAAAUCUGAAAUAAAGUGACAAAAGGGGAACUGUGUAACGGGCUGUACUGACAUCAGGAAAGAGAUGACAACCAAUGUUUCUUCUCAGUAAACUCAUUUUAAAUGCUCUCCACCAUUAUAAUUGCAUGGUUCAGUGCUUUUUAAUCUGUGUGGAAUUCAUACAGGCUUGUCCAUCAAGAAGAAAGAAUAGGAGCAAUGGUCUAAGACAGACAUCUCUUUGUUUCUUUGUGAGGUUUCUUACACAGAUGUAUAUUGUGGUCUGGGUUUUUCUCAGGAUUAAAAAACCGGAGUCACUAGAUUUGUUCUGGGAAUUUUCUGCUUCUUAAUUGAUUUAUUAAUUGUAUCCUGUUGUGAUGUUUCUGUAUUGAGAUGUUGUUUUUGAGCAGUAUGAACAUGGUUUUAUUUUUUUAGUAUAUUUUUAAUAGUGUAGAGGAAUCAUUGCCUGUUUUACAGGAUUAUUUUUUCUCAGGCUGGCAUCUAUAGUCAGCCAACUCACAAAUGGCAUUUGAAGGAACAAAAAAUAACUCUUCCCACUUCAGGAAAGGCACUAUCCAUAAUAAAGGAAAGAUGGACUGGCAUAGUGACAGAGAGACUCACCAGCCAGCUUCUUGUUUGUCAAGUGAAAAAAAUGUCUUGGUAUGAAAAUGCAGAGCUCCUUUAACACAGCAGUUUUGGUAAGAGCCUGGCUUUACAGACUGCAGCAGGUUGGGGGUUUUAAACCUGCCCCAAGCAAAAGAAUCCCAGGACUGAUGCUUUGAGUUUCUCUUGUGUUCAUUCCCAGCAGAGGCAGCAGCACAUCCAUGGACAAGGACACAGCAGCAGUGUGAUGUGCAGCCUGUGGGGUUACCAGCACUGCCACCACUGCACAGGGGGACACAGGACAGCCAGGAGCUUCCAGGAGCCACUCUGAAAUACUUCCCGUGUCUACAUCAGACCCCCAGCACUAACUCAUCCUCAGCACUAAUUAUCUCUGGGCCACAUUGCACCUUGUCAGCCUGCUGGAGCUGGCAAGCAUUCAUUCCCUCCUUAGCCAGAGAAAGGGGGGAAAGAAGAAUCGGCAGUUUGUCUCUCUGUAGGAGGGUGUGGCUGGUAUCAAUUUUCUUCAUUAGCCACAACCUGAUAUGAAGCUGUGAUGAGUUAUGAAGGUUUCUUGCAGCAUCUUUUUGCUGUGUAGUUGUAGGAUCCUGUUGCUGUAAUGCCCACUGUCACUCUAAUUCUCAGCCCCUUUGCACUACAUGGCCUUUGAAAGUCCCUUCCAACCCAGCCCAUUCUCUGAUUUUAUGGCAUGAGCACUUCAGCUGAGCACUAAAGCUACACAGUGCAGUUUUUUGUUGAGGUCUCUUUUACCACUGACUCUUAGAUGUUAGGUGUGAACUCCUGUCCAUUCAGGAAUUCAAGGAUGUUUCUAGAAGAGGCAGAGCUUCUCCUGGGGCCUUGCUGAAAGGAGAUGUUCUUGCUCCCUGGUAAUGUCUUUUGGCUUCUGUUCGGUGAGUGUGUGCAGAGCAGGGGAAUAAUGAAUCACGGGAGGCGUGGAUAGGGCUGUGAUAAUCUGAACAGCAAAUCACCUUUAUUAAAAGGCAUUUCUACUUCUA